CAAACUGUCGCCGGGAGGUACGCUGUUACCAUGGCGGCGCUGUACUUCCGCUCCCUGGUAUCCGGCCGUUACCUCCUCAGUACAGCAGCUGACAGCGCCAAGUUUAAAGAUGUCUUCAGAUGAGGAGAGCAUUCGAAGCCUCAACAUCCCUAAAGAUUCAGAUCACGGCAGUUCAGUGUCUUCAGAUUUCCAGGACGAAUACGAAGAGCUUCUUCGCUAUGCGGUGGUAACUCCUAAGUUUGGGCCUCAUUUCCUCAGGGAGCAUCAACUGACUGCUGAACAAACCACAAGUGACAGGUUUUCAGGGCUCGGGGAAGCUGCGCAAGAACAAAUCCCAGAGGGACCACAAUCUUCAUUAGAGGACCAUCAAAGAAGUUCAGAAAGAGAAAGUCAAAGAGGGCCCUCUCCAGCAAGCGAUACUGAGAACCAUCAAGAACCUGCGUUCCAAAGGACCUUAGCAUCGGGUAUGGAGGUGUUUUCCCCUGUUCAUUCAGAUGAGCUAUCUCUCCGUGCUUCCUCUUCUGCCUCUGCCAGAUCCCAGACAGAGCGGAUCCAAGUAACUCGGCUGCCUGUCUCUUCUGAAAAUAUGCAGCAGGUUGAAGACUUGCUUGAUCUAUGGAGUGGUAACCUGAAGACAAAUGUGUUGGCUGAACUGAGCAAAUGGAGACUAACCAUAAUCGAGAAGCAUCGGCUGGAGAUGAGAAAGCAGAACGAAAAGCAUGCGGAGCAUAUUACUCACUUGAGCAACCAGAUAGACAGCCUGAAAGCUCUAAUACAGAGCUAUGAAACCUCUGUACACAGAAAAGACGAGGUGAUUUCCAACCUGACCCGUGCGCUGGAGAAGCAGAAGGAAAAGACGGAACUGAUGCGAACAUUUUCCCACUGGCGACUGCAGCAAAUAGAGGGCAGACAGGAGGAUUAUGUAUGCAGUCUGGCCGACAGACACUACAGAAGGAUGUUGUUGAAGAGCAUGUGGAGAACAUGGCGCUCCGUUAUGGAGUCCAACUGGAAGGACAAAGUGGAACAGGCGUGCCGAGCCAGAGCUGAAGAGGUUUGCGUUGAGCUCUCUAGUAAUUAUGAAUCCAAAGUUGCUCAGUUGAGUGAUGCUCUGGAAGAAGCUAGAGCAGAAGUUUCAAGACUUCACGCAGAGAGGGACCAGUUUGAGGGAUCCAUGAAGAAAGCGUUCAUGCGUGGUGUCUGUGCGUUAAAUAUCGAGGCAAUGUCCAUGUUUCAAGGGAGAGAAAUCCGAGCAGAGCACGCAGAUCAUCCACCUAGGAGAGAAGACCCUGGCUGCAGUCCCUCCGUGACCUUUCAGCAGGUGCCAACCACUUCACAGCAUGAUCUCCCCUCCUCCAUCCACACUCCUGCUGCCACAGCAGAGCAAGACUUUCGACCUCACUUUAUUCCUUCAAGUGUUUCUGAGUCCAAAGACGAUCUGAGCACCCCUGUGGUGCUGUCCGCUACCACAUCUGGAUCCAGCAUCUUGUCAGCACAUAAAAUGCCUGUGACCAAAGUUAUAACAUCAGGUCAGCAGAAGGCUGGGAAGACGAUAACGGCCCGUGUUACAGCUCGUUCUGAUCUGGCACAGAAGAUCACCAAGACGGGAGGAAGUAUCACUUCUAUGGGCGUUUCACCACCAAUGAGCUCUGUAGUGGUGGAAAAGCAUCACCCAGUUACUCAGCAAACCAUUUCUCAGGCCAUAGCUGCAAAAUACCCUCGACCAGCAUUGCACAGUGCCAGCUCCGGCAGGGGCACCGGGCAGAGUGCCAGAACAUCUCACGUCCACUCCGGGGUUCAUUCAAUCAAAGUAGUCGACUAACCAGUUCUUCUUUCUUCAAAAUCCACAAGAGGAGCAGACAGGAGAGCAGUCUUGAUUCUGGAUGGGGCACAUCUACCUCUGAAUACAUGGCAUCGGCGAUACAUAUUUUUAGUCCUGUUUCUCCUAAUUUACAUAGCAGUGUCUUUUCCUUGCAAUGUAGGGUGCAGCGAAUAGAGUGCCUUAUGUGUGUGGUGUGGGUCGCAUAGUAUUUAUCAAGUCUAAUAUACUGUAUUUUAUGCAGAAUAAUGCUGCUUUUACAUAAAUGGCCUUUGUGGCUGGCUUUUAUCUACAG